AUGGCUCCAGUAAUAGGAUUGUCACACAUUGCAAAUCCUCUUGCAACACCCGAUCAAUUACAGACUACGGCAUCUCAGCUCGAUAGAAUUCCUGAUGCCCUGGAGAUCUCGAUCAGAUUCGAGGGUUCAAGGCUGAUCCAAGCCGCCGGCGUUCUGCUACACCUCCCCCAGGAGCUCAUUGCAGAAGCCAUCAUUAUCUUUUCCAGAUUUUGGCUAGGUUCCGAAGGUGGAAGCUUAGCCGAGUAUGCUGCCAAGGAUGUUACUGCUGCCUCAUUAUAUUUAGUAACCAAGCCUUCGGCGCAUCCAGUAAGCCCUAGACGCCUGCUGAGCGUUCUAGCAUAUUUGGACAAAGUCCGACCGUCACUCGAUUUUGAGUCCGCCUGCAAAGUUGGCCCUGAAAAUUGCUUCCUAUCAGAGGGCUCCUACCAAGAUGGGCGGAUUGCACUUGUUCACACCGAAGCACAGAUGCUCCGUAUUCUCGGCUACCAAACUCAUGUGUCGCUCCCAUACGCAAUCUGCAUCAAUUAUUUGCAGGCAUUGGAUGUGUUCACGACUUCUGAGAAGGGACAAACUCUAGCAAAACGGGCAUUUGCACAUCUCAACUCGGCUUUGUUCAGUCCGCAGUUGCUCUACCUGACACACCAGCCUCCGGCCCUCGCCACGGCUGCUAUCUACCUUGCCGCUAAGGAGAUAGGAGUUAAGCUGCCUGGCGAGGAGUGGUGGGAGGUGUUCGAUGUGGACAGAGAAGAGCUCGGCUUUGUGGUGGUUGCGCUGAUAUCCAUGGAAGGCUUCAUCGUUGAGGAAGUGCAAAAGUGGGCUAACAGCAGAGUUCCGUUGACGCUCGAAGACACUCAAGCUUGGAUUGACAGGGAAGCAUGGAACCGAGCUUCGCCUUAA